AUGCCGGCUGCCGCAUGGCGCGCGCCUUCGAACAGUUUCCGCAGUGGGGAGACCGAGUAUUUGAGCGGCCUCCACAUACCUCUAGUCCAGCACGGCGACAAGUUCGUAGCGGGCGCAGCGGCCGGCGUCACGGCCGUCACGCUGACCUACCCGCUGGACACCAUCCGAGCGCGCCUCGCCUUCCAGGUCACCGGGGAACACAAAUAUACUGGAAUAGCGCACGCCGCCUCCACAAUGUUCCGCACGGAAGGAGGUAUCCGUGCGCUAUACCGCGGCUUCGUACCCACUAUGAUGGGCAUGGUGCCGUACGCCGGGUUCAGCUUCUACUGCUUCGAGUCGCUCAAGUUCCUCUGCAUGAAGUACCUGCCUACGUCACUGUGCCGCAAGUGCGAUAGGAACACAGGGGGUCUGGUGCUAACGGUGCCGGGUAAGCUGGUAUGCGGCGGGCUAGCGGGCGCGGUGGCCCAAUCGGUGUCAUACCCACUCGACGUCACGCGCCGUCGAAUGCAGCUGGCAUGUAUGGACCCGAGGACUGAGAAGUUCGGUAUGGGCAUGGUGCAGACGCUAACACUUAUCUACCGCGAGAACGGCGUCGUGAAAGGCCUGUACCGAGGCAUGAGCAUCAACUACCUCCGAGCAGUCCCAAUGGUGGCUACCUCCUUCAGCACAUACGAGCUUAUGAAGCAGCUACUCCAGCUGGAUACAGGCAUGAAAGUCGCGUAGCGUGGUCUAACUAAGAUGCGCCUCCGCGAGCUAACGUACAGACAGCGCCAUCUGUUAGCGGCACGGACGCAACUGCUUGCACAUUUGUAUACUUACAGUGCGUUUAAAAGCAGGUGCACUUUGACUCCGGCAUGAAGAUUUGCCUUUGUUGCAAAUAAUUAAUUACUUUAUGUGUAUUGAAUAUUGAUACACUUCUUAGGAAAUUAUACAUGACUUACAAGUGUAAUGACAAUGCUUGAACCUAACUCAAGCAUGAAAUUACUUAGGUUUAGGCGACCAGCGGAUCGGUGUUAUAAAAGUAACGUGUACGAUACGAUUCCGAUCCGCUCUAAUACAUCUUCGGUAUUGAAAUUAUUAUAUCAAUUUUUAUUAUUCCAUGACUACUGACCGGUACGAUAUUUAGACAUUAAUUGAAUUGCAUCAAUUCUUGUAAAUACUUUGGCAUUUUUUCUAACUGUUGCAGUAUUUAUUUGGUUUAUUCUUAAUUGUCACAAUUUAAUUACUUAAUUAAUUUAAAUGACGUGUAGGUAGAUAAUUUCUUUCACGGUUUGGGGGAUUGGGGACUGGAGUCUGAAAUAUGUAAAAUAAAAGAACAAACUGCGCACAACUUAUCGUUUGUCCGAAAAUUCAAUUUAUUCUGUGACCUAUUAUUGAUACCGUUUGAUAGAGCUCAAUCAGUAACUAGUUUUUAAAUAUCUUGUAUAGUUUUGAAAUAAUCGAGUAAGAUCACUAAUCUUUUCCACCCUGUAGAGAUACACGUUUGUAUUUUCCUAACAAGCUUCCAUAUUGAUAUUAUUUUUAAUCCCCUAAUUAUGUGCAAAUUAUAAAUGAUUUAGUUAUAAUAGAUGUUAAUUUGUAAGUUAUAACAAGUGUAACUUGAAAUGACGACAAUUAUAAAGAAAUGUGCCUUUAUCAGAAAGACAUCAAUUUGGUUAAUUCGGACUAGUAUAGACUGCUUCAUACCUCCGCAUAAUGCACAAAUAUAAUUAAAAAAUAAGUUUAGGCGUUUCGUCAGACGAAAACCUAAAUUAGUGAAAAAGUUACUUAUU